GUCCGCCCGGGGGCCGCGGGCGCUGGGGGCGUGUCCCGGGCCGCGCCGCACCGCCCGCCUCGGACGCCGGGACCCCGAGGGCGGCAUGAGACGGCGGCGCCGGGCGGAGCGGGAGCGGGAGCGGGAGCGGGAGCGGGAGCGGGCGGGCGCGGCCGGGGCCCUGCUGGACGCCGUCGCCGCGCUCAGUCGGACGCUGCCCGCCGGGCCCAGCCCCGAGACCUUCCGCCGCGCCAAGUUCGACCGUCCGGAGGCGGCCCCGCCGCUCUGGCGGACGCUCUUCCUCGCGCUCUCGCCGCUGCCGGGCGACUGCGCGCCUGCGCCCCGGGCCCCGCCGGCGCCUCCGGCCCUGGAGGCCCAAGUCCGCCUGGUGAAGAGGGCGCUGCGCUCCCAGGGCUACCCCCGGCGGGCGCUGGCACAGCUCCCCGAGGACGGCGCCCGGGGCAGCCGCGAGCUCCUGCUGGCCCUCGCCUGGCUCCUGGCCCGCGGGCCCCUGCUCGAGCGGCUGCUGGGCCGGACACGCGUGCGGCUGGGCGACGAGGUAGCCCUGUGCCAGUGCGAAGCCCCGGCCAGUCCUGGCCCGCCGGCAGCCUGCGGGGGUGCAGAUGGCCCUGUGGACAUACGCCACUUGCAGUGGUUGAUGGGAAAGCUGCGGUUGCAGUGGCGAAACCUGAUGACCAGUCAGCAGGAGCAGUGUGCCCUCCUGGCCAAGAUCCACUCGUAUACCCGUGGCUGCCACAGUGACCGAAGCCUCGGCCACCUGUCUGUUGCUGAGACCGAGAUGCUCAGGGACCCGGAGGGAGGCCAGCAGCUGCUCCGGAGGCUGGAGAGUGAGAACGCGCGCCUGGAGGCUGCCCUGGCGUGGCGGCGCCGGGAGCUGGUCUUCUGGCAGUGGAUGGACACUGUCCUGGGGGCCUGCCCCCUGGAGGCCGCACAGCCCCCGUUUCUGCCCAGGAUCCCCGAGUCGGGGGCUGACCAGUUGGAGAUGGUGGCUCAGCAGCUGCAGGCCCUGCACGAGGAGCUGCAGGGAGCCGUGGAGCCCCGGCGGGCGGCCUGGGAGGCCAGGGUUGGAGGCUCGGGGUCCGAGUGGAGCGCUCUGCAGCGGGCCACCCAGGAGGCCGUGGGACAGGAGCUGGCGGCACUUCGGCGGGCCUGGGAGCAAGGUGGGGCCCCGGCCCAGCCCCACGGACCCUGCCGGCUGGUGAAGAGUGACGCCAGAGCCUCGGGGGGCCCGGGGCUGCGGGCUGCCGAGGUGUAUGGGUCAGUGGUGUUACGUACUUCCCCACCGUUGGGCAGCAGAUAUCCAGAACCUUCUCACCCCGUCAAGCUGAAACCCCGGCCCCGUCCGCACUCACUCCCCGGCCCGUCCGCUGCAUGGAUGAGGCUCCUCAGCUGUGGGGUGUUACGGAUGAUGUGCCAAAAUCCCUCCUCUGGGGGGACCCCGCCUGUCUAGGUCGCCGUGGGCCAGACGUGGACAUGGUGGAGACACCUGUGCAGUCCCCAGACCUGGGACGUGAGCGGGUGCAGGGAGCACAUGGGCACGGGGCUGCUCUCCUGGGGCGGGUGGGGGCUCAGCAGCGGCAGGCGGGUCUCCCCGGGUCCCGUGCUGGGGUCUCGCGUUGCCCCCAGGGCUCUUCACAGGACCCCCCUGCUCAAAAGAAACCUCUGACAGUUCCGUUUACGAAUAUGCAUUUGGGUCCUAACAACUUGGCAGUUCAGAACAAAAACCAGAAACAAACCCAAGUACCCAUCCACUGAAAAUGUUCUUUUUUUUUUUUAAAGAUUUUAUUUAUUUAUUCAUGAGAGACACAGAGAGAGAGAGAGAAAGAGGCAGAGACACAGGCGGAGGGAGAAGCAGGCUCCAUGCAGGGAGCCCGAUGCGGAACUUGAGCCCGGGUCUCCAGGACUGCGCCCUGGGCUGAAGAUGGUGCUAAACCGCUGAGCCACCUGGGCUGCCCGACAAUGUUCUUUUUUUUUUAAAAAAAAUAUUUUAUUUAUUUGUCAGAGAGAGAGAGAGCACGAGAGCAGGAGGAGGGCGAGGGGCAGAGGCGGAGGGGGACGCAGGCCCGGGCCGAGCAGGGAGCCCGACCGUGGGGCUGACCCCAGGACCCUGAGCCGACGGCAGACGCUCCGCCCACCGGGCCCCCCGGGCGCCCCUGAAAGCGGUCUUUCUCACAUAACCGUACUUUCGUGGGCUGCCGGACACCGUGAGGCCCCACGCGCCUUCUCACGCCCGAGACUGCGCUGCCCUCUGGGCCGCCACCUGCUGUGGCCUUUGACCCCCAGUCGGGGCAGCAGCUCCGGAAAGCCCCCUUUGCAGAGACCCCUGGAGGGGACGGCAGGGCAGCGCAGCGCCCCGACUGCGGGCCACCCGGCGGGCCGUGCGUACCUGUGUCCUGGAAAAGCUCAAAGCGCCUUGUGGUGCCCCUGAGAAUUGGCCGUGGCGCCCUCGGGUGCCUCGGCACGACCCUAAUGCGCGUGACGUUUUGUGUUGCGUUCUGCUCCCCUCCGCUUGGUGUUAGGUUUUCAGGGCUCCGUCCUUGGAGCUGUGUGUCCAGCUCGUCACUGCUUCCGUCCAGUGGGUGCGUGUCCACGUCCCUCAGGCUCACUCCCCUGCCGCCCCCCGACUCUGGCGUCACAGACCGACCGGGGACCGGGCGCGGGGGCGACCGACCCUCCACCUGGCUGUGCUCGCUUCCAGCCCACACUCCCACCGGCUGGGACGCUCCUGUCCCCGAGACCCUCCCCAGCUUUGUGUGGCGUCCACAGGUUUGCAGUGCAAGGGGCACCAGGUGCCGCCGUCGUCACCUGCGCUCGCUAAGCUCUUCGGGCCCCUCUGAUGCGACCGCCUGGUCGUAUCCCUUCAUCACUUGUGUUGGGGACUGUGCGUCUCUCGCUGGGUUUACUCAUCGUAUCCUCUCCAUCCUGUCACCUGCUCACACGCUUGCUCGUGGCAUCCUGUUUGCUCAACAGAGACCUUGGAUUUUGUUCUCACCAAACCGAUCAUCUCGUUGCUUCUUGGAGAGAAGCGCCUGGAGACUCGCGGCCUCUCCUACAUCCCAGGCUCCUCCGUUUCCCCGUCUGCGACAUUUCUUUCGCAUUCACGUGUCCCCUCAGCCAGAGCCCACCUAGUUCCCAACACCGCCUCGGCUCACUCGGACACGGCCCUUCCUGCCCGCCGGUCCCCUCCCGUCUGUGUGGGGACGUCCUUCCCGUCCCACUGUUCUGCUCCCACGCCAGGGGCAGCCUGUGGGGCAGGGAUCUCGACGCAGGACUCGAUCCCGGGUCUCCAGGAUCACGCCCCGGGCUGAAGGUGGCCCUAAACUGCUGGGCUACCCGGGCUGCCUGGUUUUGUGACUUUUAUUUUUUAUUUAUUUAUUUUUAUUAUUUUUUUUAAAGAUUUUAUUUAUUCAUUCAUUCGAGACGCAGAGAGAGAGAGAGACAGACAAACAGACACAGGCAGAGGGAGAAGCAGGCUCCAUGCAGGGACCUGACAUGGGACUCGAUCCCGGGUCUCCAGGAUCACGCCCUGGGCCAAAGGCGGCGCUAAAUCGCUGAGCCACCCGGGCUGCCCGGUUUUAGAAAGUUUUAGAAAGUUUUCUUUCACUCUUAUUUUUCCCACGAGCUGUUUCAGAUCAUAGAUUUCAAACUUCCGUAUGGCUCACCCCGAAGCCCGCACCUCUCAACGCGAUAACUUGCUUCCGCCUUGUUUUGGGGCUUCAUGAAGUCAUACGUUACGUUCGCUCGCGUCUGGCUUCUUUCCCCGGCCUUGGAUGCGUGAACCUCACGCGGGUUGGCUGCACGAAGCUGUCAUCCGCCCGCUCUUACUGCUGCCCGGAAUCCAUCGUACAGACGUCCUGGCUCUGCCCUGUGUCGGGGGCCGCGGGGCUGUCGCAGCUGUUCCAGGUGACGCUUCCCCGGCCAUCUGUUGCUCGCGGGCACGCACCGUGCAACCCUCCAGCCGCAGGGCGUGUCUGUGCUCAGUGGCAGGAGGCGAGGCCCGUUUCCUAGGCUGGUGCCCCGGCUCGCACCCCGCCAGCAGGGCAGAGCCGGGGGGGCUUCAGCGCCUCCACGCACACUCGGCCCCGCGGCCGUCCCUUGCCGAUGGCGAGAGGGGCUGGCCACCUCGUUGCUGCCCCUUUGGGAAGUGCCUGUUGGCAUCUCCCCCCGUGUUUCCCCUCGGGGUGUUGUGGUUCUUACCAACAUGUAGAGGUUCUUAGUGCGUUCUGGAUGGGAGUCCUCCGCCCGUCGUUGGAGCUGCAGGAAGCGCCUCCCUGGAAACCCGGGAUCGAAUCCCACAUCGGGCUCCCUGCAUGGAGCCUGCU